AUGCCAGAAACUGCGAUCACUCCGAAAAGCUCGUCUUCCCUGAGUGCUUCGACAAACUCCAGGGAAGAAUCGAACCAAUUUUUUAAGAAACGAUUAACGCGAUGUAUACAGCAUAACUUUCUAACGUACUCGCAACUUCCCGUAAGAUGUCAGAGACCCAGCCGGUAUUAUCGUCCACCGAGGACUUCCUACAGAUUAGCCAGCCUUGCAACCAUUAAUCGUACAGCUGCAAUUAGCACGGCGAAAAGUUGUCCGGAUAAUUCAACAUGCUCGAUAUUUCGCUUGAUUGGAACGCCACGAUGCAAGAAAAGUUUAUCCAUGAUUGAUUUUUCGCCUUUGAUAAUGGAUACCGAGAGCUGUGACCAUAGAUCAGACAGUAAUUCAACUAUAGAGAGAGUCGAAGAAAAAGAUAAAAUUAAAGACAUUGGUAGCGACAUAAGAAUCGGUAUUGGUAUCAAGAAGUGGAUGGAGGGAUUUGCAGCGUCAGACUCGGAGGAAGCGUAUUCCCGAUUUUUCCAAAAUCCCAAAAGAGCGGCAAAUUUAGUGUGCCAUGUACUUAUGCUGAAUGCUUGGAGACACAGGCGCAACGAGGUUCAUUGCCUUCAAGACACGAUCGACUGUUUGAGCCAACAGAUCAAGCACCUACAUUUACAAAUCGUCGUUUUGCGUCGACUGCUCGACGCGGAGAAUAAUCGUGUCAAUAAAUUGAUUAGUGAUGUUCAUCGCACGAAAAUGCAAUUCGACGAAACACUGAAAGAAAGGAAUACUUUGAAAACGGACAAGCUGGCAAUGGAGGACGAGAUUAAGCGUUUGACUGAGCUUUCCGAAGAGAGACUAGUCGCAACGGAGAACGUGCGAAAUGAGCUAUUCACCGUUCAAAAUCAGCUUCAUGCACUGGACGAGCAAAUGUCGAGGGAUCGAGAAAAGCUACUGAAAUUACGAGAAGAUAAAACGAUGCUUCUGGAAAAGGUGGCCGCCAACGAAAUAUUAGCGACAGAACAGGAAGCAAGAGCAAACAAAGCGGAAUCAAUUAUUGGGGAGUUACAGUCGAAACUUACUGCUCAGAUUGCUUUGGUCAAGUCUUCGCAGGAACAUAUAGAUCAAUAUUCAAAGGAAUUGAAAGUUAAAGAGAAGGAGAAAAUCAAGUUGAUGAAGCGCUUAAAAUUGUCUGAAGAUAGGGAGAGAUCUUUAAACUUGCGUACAAUUUCUUUGGAAGCUCAACUAGCUGAUAAAGAGGUAGCCUUACAACGCAUACAGGCAGCAUACAAUUCACAAUUAACGGAACUAAACGAAUUGAGAGAUCGUUUGAUGCGGCAGUCACAAGAAGGGGGUUGGAGUAGUAGAAUGUUGCAAAUAGCUGGUAGUGUUGUGCGGGCGCCAAGGGCUAUACUACGAACUUUAUUAUCAGGUCCAGUGUAGACUUCUUAGGCUUAGUUUGUUGUAAUUGUUCGAGCGUGAUCGCGCCGUAUUUUGAGUUCCGUAUUGAAAAGAAGGUUUAAGGUUUAAAAGGUGAAACUUCGAGGCUGACGAUGAUGAUUGAUAGAUAAAGGAAAAGAAAACGAGAGAAGAUCUUACGUACGUAUCGAGGAAGGAGUUAUACGUGGUCGCGAAGAAAUGGA